AUGUCGAGCGACAGUGAGAGCGAGCUGCUCAAAGAGUCCCGGGAAUGCGUUUCUGAGCCGCAGAAAGCGCUUUCGCCCACUUCUGCUCAACCCCAGACCUCAAAUGCGAAACCACCCGGAUCUCCACACAUCAGCGGCGGUCAUCACACCACGAACCAGGACGACUCUUGCAUCGAGUCCUGUUUCCUGAAGAUGGAACAUCUGAUCCACGAGAUGCAGCAUCCCGAGAUGGGCGUCCCAGUUCGGUCGCAGAAACUCUUCCUCACCUCGAUUCCGUGCGCUUUCGUUGGAUAUGAUGUUGUCGAGUGGAUCAUGGACAACCUUGACAUCGAAGAUCAGAGCGGGCCUGUCGCCCAGGAAGCUCUUCAACUCGCAAAUCUGCUCUGUCAGCACGGAUAUUUCUUCCCCGUCGGCGAGAACGCUAAAACCUACGCGAUCAAAGACGACUCAACGUUGUAUAGAUUCCAAGCCCCGGAGUAUUGGCCCUCGCGCAAUAACCCCGACAAUACGGAGUACGCGCUAUAUCUACUCAGGAGAACCCUCAAAAACAAACCGAAGGGAUCUCUCGAAGACUACGAAGUCGAGGCGCUGCAGAGGAUGAAAAAACUCCUCGCGAAUAAGUGGGACACCAUCUGUCAACUAGCCGAAGAACAGAUAGCGUGAGUAAUACACGAUGUUUUCGCAACGGAACUCCAUCGAGGACAAUCGAAAGAUAAGAAGAAAACAGACAAGGUGAUUUCGUCUUCCCAAGAGAGGGCCUAUUGGAGACUCCACCGUCCCCCUCCGGGAACGGUUUCCUGUUUAGAACGCUGUCCGAAACCGAGUCGUCGUGGGCCAAAGAAGAAAACCUGCGAACAAUUGAAACGUCAGAUCAAAAUUCUCAGAAACAGUAUAUCACGCAGUCGCGCCAAGAGCACUCUCUGGCAACGAUGCGAAGACUACAAGGAAUUCGAUGCAUUUCUUUCUACUCCAUUACCCUCGAAUCCAUGGAUAACCGAUGAUCAGCAGCUGUGGACCGUCGAGAGCCACACGACGGAUACAUUCACCGAGCGGAGACUUCGUCGAUGGACUCUGUCGCUUGAAGAACUGCUCUCCGAUCCACGCGGAUUCAAGGAGUUUGAAACGUAUCUCGGCUUGGAGUACUCUCGGGAAAACAUUCUGUUCUGGAAAUCCGUUCAGGAUUUGAAACGAGGAUCUCAUUCUACGGUGCCUCAGAAAGUUGCCGCUAUCCACAGCGAGUAUCUGAAAUCGGGCGCUCCGUGUGAGGUCAAUCUGGACUCGGCAACCAUGGAAAUCACUCUGGAAGCGAUGAAGAAACCGACGCGUUACACCUUCGAGAAUGCUCAACAACACGUGUAUACGCUGAUGCAAACCGAUAUCUAUCCCCGAUUCCUCCGAAGCGAUCAUUUUCGCAAUCUCAUGGUGCAAGCAUCCCUGCUCCAGAUCCAGAGCCAACGCAAACGGUUCUUCAAUUUCGGUAACUCGGCUCGGAAGGUCCCGAAUACUCGCGCACCGAGAACUCUAGCGUGCGGAACCGAGGCGAGACCAUCGACCCCACAGGGACAUCUUCCGAAUGCCGGAAUACUGUACGGCCAGACCAGCCGGAUGUGCGCCGCAAUCACAGAGCAGGCUCAACAGGCUCCCGCUAGAAGACUCUCGGGGUUACUUGCAGGAAGUACCUACGACCUUCGGGAGUCCAUCAAGCGUCGGAACAGCAGCCGCAACAAGCGAUUGGCUAGCAGCGGAUCCAAGACGGACCUCAUCUCUGACGAUGACUCGAUGAGUGUGGCAAGCCAAUUCAGCGGGCGUCACUCCCUGAGCACCAGCGAUCUCCAAACACUCACUGCUCCCGGCAGUGGCUCGAACGAAAUCUUCGACGCCGAUGACGGCAUCUCACACGAGGGAAAAGCUCUGAGCGGGAAACACACCCCCGUGCCGAAAAGGGCGACCGUCAACAGCACUAGCGACGCUGAGCUGGAUUCAUCCGUGGCAGCAACUUCUCCGGCAGAGCAAGCAGGCCUGACACCGGACGAGGCGCUUUCUCCCGCGUCAGCCGCAUCUCCGGGCGAAACCGAUACCGAAGAUGCCCCGCAAGCCUCGUAAUAGCUCGCUUGGAUCUCAUCUUGAACUUAUGCGAUCUGUCUUCAGUUCUCGAUCAAAUUCAUCGCAUAGCAGCUCAUGAGACAGUCGCUCAGACUGAGUGCUAUUUUACCCCCUAGUACGAUGAUGCGAGAAGAUUUUCUCUCGGCAGCGAAUGAAACUUCCACGUAAUUUCCAUAGCCUGAUACUUAGCGUUAUCCGCUGGUCGUGUCCGAAUGGAACGCGAUAGCGUUAUUUCUUACAUGUCCCACCUGAAUAUCCAAAUACGCUCCAGCCCGUGAACCGUCACGCGCAUGUUCGAUAGGGGCGUACGUUUCCAUUCACGCGUGUCUUCUCGCUCAGAGAUACCAUGCGCAAAAUCGAGCUAACUAUAAGUCCAAAGAACUUCACACAGCGAACACUCCUGCCCAAUGGACAGGGAUGGAGUUC